AAUUAGCGUUUAUGGUUUACGAACACCUUAUUCACGAACGUGUCCAAGUUUAUUUGCACUUGAAAUGCAUUUGCAUCGAGUACAUGUUAAAACGAGAUGUGUGAUGGAUUUUAGCGACUUUUUAAGCCAGAUUCAACUUCCCAUAUAGAACGGUCUCAAGUUGUAUUUUUUGCGAAAGCAUUUAAUCAGUACACAUUUAACUUGAGAUAGUUCAUUUGGGAACAGCUCAUAUCCACUAUUUACAAGCUGGGUCGAUCCGAGAGCUUACGGGCGAGUCGGUAAACAACUGUUUAGGACAUUCCAAUUAAACCACAAUAAUAACAGUACUCAGUCAAAUACAAUUAGCAUAAUAUGUGAUUGGACCCGCAAGCUUGUUCAGCUAAACGCCCACUGGAAGGACUAACACAACUCAGUUCAUUCAACAAACUGCACAAACCUAAAUCAUCAGUUGUACCAGGAUUUGCGUCAGAACAUUCCGAUGAUUGCUAUUUAAUGCCCCAGAAAUCAAAACAUUGUAGACGAGACGAAACGUCUGCCUGUAAGCUAUAAAUAACUUCGACUGCCGAACAACCGUUUUGCCGACCACGAGAGCGUAAAACUCUCGCCAAAGUGUUUGCUUAUUGCCGUCGGAAAUAAGGUGACUAACAUCUGGUUUCAACUUUUCACCUCGUCAUUUCAUUCUCAUGAGGAUACUUGCCAAUCGACAAAAGUUAAUCACUCCAGCAUUGAAUCAGAAUACCUGCUCAGAUAGGAGGACAUAUCGGAUUUUCGAAUAAUAAUUGUCAGAAUGGCAUGGAUUUCACUACUUCUGUAUUUUAUCAGCUACUUAAUUACGCAAAGUACCUGUGUUGACAGCCCACAAGGUCACAUCAAACAUUUUCCCUCGUUUGACGGGAUAUUCAACGAUGUCAAAGAAGCCUCUGACUUUGAUGUCGUGCAUCCUUUGCGUUUGGAUGCGAGUGGACGAUUUCUCACACAUGACGUUCACUACGUCAGCAAAAGACGUGGUACAAAAAAAACUCAUUUACGUAAACGACGUCAUAUACAUGAACGUUCACCACAGUCUACUGCAAGAUUAUUGUACAGCAUUCCUCAUGGAGAUCACAUAUUAACAUUAAAUCUAACUGAAAAUCUUUUACUCAUUCCGGAGGAAUUUGUCACUGAAAGAAUAAGAACAAUAAACAAAACAAAUGGAGAUCUAUUUUCUUCAUCAAUCAGUAAAACAAAUCGCUGGCCCUGUCACUUUCGAGGACACGUGGAAGGACAGAAAAACUCAAGAGUGGCACUUUCUACUUGCAACGGCCUGACCGGUCUUCUUAUCACAGAAGAAGGAGAAUUUUUCAUAGAACCGAUAAAGGAUCCGACGCAUUUUCAAGCCUCCACAAAUGCUGACCCAAGAUCUCAAGCACAUAAGAUAUACAGACGAGACCUAUCUUCAAUAUUGGAUAAAGCUGAACCGAUGCUGCAUUACGAAAAACUUGUCAAUAACGAUAAAUUGGCGCGUUUGAAACACAUCAAAAUCCAACCUUCAAGCAGCUCAAACUUGCAUGAUCCUAACACAAUUAAUCCAUCACAGAUGAAUAACUGGUACUCUUUAUAUGACGAUCCCCACAAGAAAGAAUUUUGCGGUGUUCUGGAUACCAAGCGAAGAUAUCGACGAAUCAUAAGAAAACGCGAGCAAUGGGAGGCAAAACGUGAGAGCGCAAGUUCGGGGAACGGGCAGCAAUCUUCCGUGAGUUCAAGUGAGAAAUCACGGCGGCGAUCCAGAAGAUCUGUCAGUGUUAAGCGCAUGGUCGAAAUGUUGGUUGCCGUGGAUAAAAAGAUGAUUGAACAUUAUGAAGCAAAUGAAAACGGAGGCGUCCAAAGAUACGUGUUGACCAUCAUAAAUAUGGUUUCGGAAAUAUUUCGUGAUGCAAGUAUUGGAAAUUCACUCGAAAUCAGUUUAGUUCGACUCGUUUUGUUGGAAGAUGAAAAGAAAGGUCCGAAAAUCACAAGAGACGCAGAAAAUACGUUGGACAAUUUCUGCAGAUGGGCUAAAAAAGUGAAUCCCAAGGACGAUAGCCAUCCUAACCAUCAUGAUGUUGCUGUUUUACUAACAAGGCAGGAAAUUUGCAGUCAGUCUAAUAAAUCAUGUGAAACACUUGGUCUUGCUCAUGUUGCUGGAAUGUGUCAGUCACACCGUAGUUGUAACGUUAAUCAAGAUACUGGAUUAUCAGUCGCUUACACUGUUGCUCAUGAACUCGGACAUAACUUCGCCAUGCAUCACGAUGGUCAAUUAAAUGAUUGCAGACCUUCACCAAAAUACAAUCAUGUGAUGGCACCUCACAUUACAUCCAGUAGUCUUCCGAUGGUAUGGAGUUCGUGCAGUAGGAAAUAUAUAACGAGGUUUUUGGAUCGCAACUGGGGAUUCUGUCUCAACGAUCAGCCAGCCGAACAAGAUGAAUUCACUCCACCUACAGUAUUACCCGGUGUUAUAUAUGAUGCUGAUCAUCAAUGCAGACUCAUGUUUGGUGAAAAAUCAAAAUAUUGUCCUGGAAUUGACGAUAUUUGUCAUCGACUAUGGUGCUAUCACGGAGGAACGUGUAGGUCCCGACUUCACGCUGCAGCGCCUGGUACUAAAUGUGGAAAAACAAAGUGGUGUUAUGAUGGAAAAUGUAUUUCCAUGUCAAAAGAGGUGAAAGUGAUUGAUGGUGGUUGGGGAACAUGGAGUGCUUGGAGCAGCUGUUCAAGAACAUGUGGAAUAGGAGUCAGCUCAUCAAUCAGAUAUUGUGAAAAUCCUCUUCCACAGAAUGGAGGAGAAUAUUGCGUAGGAGAGAGAAAGAGAUAUAAGACAUGUAGUAAAUGGAGAUGUCGAAAAGGCGCUAGGUCAAUGACCUUCAGAGAACAGCAAUGUGCUUCAUUCAAUAAUGUGAAAUACAAAAACAUGACUUUUUCCUGGAAACCAGUUGAAAGUGCUUUGUAUCCUUGUGAGCUUCAUUGUUACACACGAGCAGGAAAAAUUCCAUUUGCAGACAGGUUGCGAGACAAAGUUAUUGAUGGAACCAAAUGUUUUCCAGGCAGCGAUGAUAUUUGUGUUGAUGGCAUAUGUAGAAGAGUUGGAUGUGAUAAAAAUAUUGGAUCAAGAGCAUUAGAAGACAGGUGUGGUGAGUGCCAUGGAAAUGGUUCAACAUGUUAUAAAGUGAGCAAGACAUUCAGUAGAAAGAAAGGAGAAGAAUAUACUCCAAUAGCAUUACUCCCACUUGGUGCUAGGAAUGUUGAGAUAUCAGAGGUGGCACCUGUCAUCAAUUUUUUGGCAUUACGUCAUGCUACAAACAAAAGUCAAUAUUAUCUCAACGGCAACUACAUGAUACAAUGGGAUACCAAGUUUCAACUUGCAGGAACGCAGUUUACUUACAGAAGAAUAAAUCAAACAUUAGAUAGAAUAUCUGCACCUGGUCCACUAACUGAAGAAAUCAUGGUAGUGAUUUUAUUUGUUGAAGAGAAUCCAGGAGUAUCAAUUGAAUAUACAAAGCCAUAUGUUGUAAAUCUCAAUAAAUCAGAAGAAGAGGAAUUUCCUGAAUUUAAAUGGAAAAUUCAAGAUUGGUCUGAAUGUACGCAAGAAUGUGGAAAAGGAUACCAAAUUAUGUCAACGGUUUGUGAAGAAAAGAAAGCUGGUAUAGUUGAUGAUUUCUUUUGUAAUGAUAUCGAGCGACCUAAAUUCAAGAAGAGAUCUUGCAAUGAUAUUUCUUGUCCUCCCAGAUGGUCAUCAUCACCUUGGGAAGACUGUUCUAUCACUUGUGGAUCAAAGUCAGGAAUACAGAGAAGAUUAGUUAUGUGUGUAAGAAGUGUAGGUGAUGGUGAUGAAAUUGCACUGAAUCAUACUUUAUGUUCUGAAAUGGAUCGACCAACGAACAAACGAAGAUGUAGAUUGAAAACAGAAAUACCAUGCCCAGUAUGGAGAUCUGGUGAUUGGGAGCGGUGUUCUGAAACAUGUGGAGGAGGUGUCAAAAAUCGCACUGUUGAAUGUGUAACAUAUGUAAUGAAUGAAGUUAUAAAUCUGGAAAAUGUUGAUGAUGAAGCUGACUUAAUGGAUAUUGAAGAAAUUGACAUUCAGGACAUUGAUAUGACUGGUGAUGCGACUUUGAACGAACGAAAACAACCGGAAAAAAAUUCAGAGGAAGUACUCGAUUCUUCGGAAUAUGACAAACAUGAGAUCCUGAUGCGUGCAAAGGGUUUAUUGUCGAGUAUUGAAAUGGAUUCCCUUAUGCAUGAAAUAGAUUUAGAUGGAUAUGAUGUAGAGAAAAAUGAAUUAUGUGAUUCUUCAAAGAAACCAUUAACUCAGAAAGCAUGUAAUUCUGAUGCAUGCCCGACUACAACCAGUCCAAUUGUGGAAACUUCUGUUGGACUUGACUGGGCAACGUUUUCACAAUUUAUCAAUACAUCCUCAGAAGAUGAAUUUGAUGUGAUUGCACCAACAAAACAUGGUUCCAGUUUUGACACAGUUAAUAUAGAAAAUGAUGAACAGGAGAUAGCAACGACUUCCUUGUCACCUUCGACCUCUAAUAUUAUGGAAAGAUCUUACAACAAUAAAAUUCCAGCUGGUAUAAUCAAUAACAGUACAAAGAUCGAAGGGCAAAGAAACUCAGAGAUACUCAAUAUUGGUGAAAUUCCAAUCAGUGAACCCAUAGAAGUUUCAGUUGAUUACACUGUUACAAUAACAAAUAAUGAAGAUACAUUCCAGGAUUUUUAUGAUGACAGCAACCUGCCAACCAAAUCAACAGACGCUGCUGAAGACAAUUCUACAAAAGAAAAAAGUUUGGAAAGGAACAAAAAUGAAGAUUCAAAAUAUGAUGAAACUUUGGUUGGAACAUUGGAUAAAAUGGAUGAUCGUAAACAGCAUGCAAAUUUCAAUAAACAAGAAAAUGAGACGGAUUUAGUCCAUUAUAAUUCUACUGAAAAUAAAGAUAAUAGGCAAUUGCUCAAUUUUAGUGAUGCUAAUUCAAUUCCAACACAAGAAAUCAUGAAAACAAAUUCUACGAGUACUGAAAUUGUAGUACCUGACAUUGUGAAAGAUAACGGUAAAGAAGAAUUCAACAGUAAUGACAAGAACGCACCAACACAGAAAGUAAAUGGAGUAGUUGAUGAAGAUACAGAAGUCAUUACAGAAUCAACAACCAGUCAUUUUACUACAACAAGCAAGUCUCUAAUGACAAGCAAUCCCAUCACAACCUUUUCUACUUCUACAACAAAGCAAAAUGUCGCUAGAAAGGUAAAGUCUACAACAACAAGCAUACCAACAACUAAAUUGACAACAACAACAUAUAAAUUAAGCACUGAUUUGUCUUCUACAACUAAGCCAACAACAGUAAGCAACCCAAUCACUACAACCAGUGUUCACACUACUACAAGUAAAUCUAGGACGACAAGCAAGCAAACAACUACAGGUUCAGUAAAUAUUGAAACAAGAUCUCAAUUGGUUUCCAGUACUGUAACUCCAGAAAUGUUUGGCUCUCGACGUAAAUCUCAGGAAAUGAAAUCCAUCCAUAAACAACAACAACGAAAUUCAGGACACUUUAAAGAUAAGGAAAUUGAACCAUAUUUUGAUGUAAUUGAUGAAACUGACACAAGACAAAAAAUACAACUAAAAACUGAUGAUAAAAAUGAUCUCAAAACACCCGGCACUAUAGCAAAUAAAAAAGAUUUAGUGAUGGUUCCAGAUCUACGGAAUGUUGAUUUGGACUUCGAUGUUAAAGUUUAUCCAAAUGAAAACACAAGAAAUUUGCUAACAACAACCAUUUCCACCACAACCGAAAAAAUGAAAGAAUUAAAAACAACCACUUCAGCCUCCUUGCCGGCAACUAAUGAUAAGCAAACGUCAACUAUCUCAACAACAACAACAGAAAAGCCAACCACAACUAGCUUGAUUAAAGCAGAGUGGAUUGCUGGCAAAUGGAGCGAAUGCUCAACAACAUGUGGUGUUGGUGCAAAAAUUCGACAAGUUGAAUGCAGUGUUUCGAAUGAGAAGUUAUGCAAUGAAACUGAUCGCCCUCCACCUGCAGUAUUAUGUAAUUUAAAACCAUGUGCUAAGUGGGUAUAUGGACAUUGGACGAAGUGUUCGGCAUUGUGUGGUGCUGGUACUCGGACAAAGAAGAUUGAAUGUGUUGAUCUGUUUACAAAGAAACCAUUACGUCCUCAUCAUUGUAGAUCACUUCCCCCUCUAACAAGUGUAAAGAUAUCAUGUAUUCAAAGUAAAUGUAUGCCGUGGAAAACAUCCAGAUGGUCUUCCUGCAGCAAACCAUGUGGAUCAGGAGUACAGCUACGCAGAGUUGCAUGCUCUCGUUAUGAUCAAUGUGAUCCAGCGUUGAAACCAAAUCAGAAGAAAUCGUGUUUUGUAAAGAAAUGUGUUCAAUGGAGACCACUUAUAUGGAAUAAGUGUUCUGUACAUUGUGGUGGUGGAUUACAGCGUCGACAAGUAAUUUGUAUUGAACAAGCGAACGGUAUUCAAACAAACAGUUCAGAAUGUAGUCCAGGUCUGAGACCUAACAGUGUUCGUAAAUGUAAUCAAGGACAGUGUCCGGUGACUGAUUAUGAUUUCAGCAGUUGUCACAACGAUCGUUUAUCACCAUCAUUUUGUAAACUUCUUGAAAGUUUAGGAAGAUGUGUUCAACCUUCACUUGCUAUCCAGUGUUGCGUGACAUGCAAAACCUUCCUCAGUGUCCGAAGCAAAGAUAAAAUAUCUUGAAUCGUAUGUUUGCUUCAGAAUAUAGUCUAAUGGCUCAUAGGAUCAAAAUGUUGGAGAAAAAGCCGUGCAAAUGUCACAUUAUAAGGGCAAAUAGCAUAUGUCAAAUGUUAUUUUAUAUGUCCAUAUUUAAAUGUCAUUUCAAUGUAACUUUACGGCAUUUAUCGCAAAUUUGUCAUUAUCUGUACAUUGAGACACAAUAAGUGUGAGCUUGAUAUUAUGUCAUAUUGUUUCAGUGUUACUGUUACCAGAUGUGGUUCCCCAUUUAUUCACCAACUGUCAAUGAAAGCUAUGUGUUGACCUUCUAUUGUAUAUUCAAUUACACCAUUGGCUUCUGAAAUUCCUAAAUUGGCUAUUCUUUACACAUCUAAUGGUUAAUUUGCCUUCCACGCACUCUUCAGUCUGUUAUAUUAUCAAUAAAUAUGAAAAAUAAAGUUGAUCAAAAAUUGUUGUUGUUCCCAGUUGAAACCAUAUACAGUAGUUAUAUAUACAUAUAUAUGUAUGAAAAGAAAUAUUGGAUGAAUCCCGAAACAAGCUUUAUUUCACCCAUGUGGCUUUGAUGAAUACCUAUCAUUUUUGGGUUUGCAGUAAAAUAUAAGUUUAAGAAUAUUUGGGAAGAGCUCAAAUUUGUUAAAUACAUUGUGUUAUUUGGUUAUCCUAGUUUCAUUAGUAAUGGUCAUAUAAUUUUUUUGCGUUUUAGUUUCAUAAAGCUUUAUUGCAUUUAUUUGUUCCUUUCAUAGUAUUGUGUUAUUUUUCCAUCUUAAUUUUUGCUCAAUAUCAGCAUAUUAGGUUACAAAAUAUCAGCAUAUUACAUCUAACAUUUUUUAUUUUCAUUGCUUUUGUAAUAUUAUUUAAUCGCUUAUAUUUUACUGUGCUUAACACAAAAAAUCAAGGAUUGUUAAUAUGCCAAGAAAUGAUAAAAUCAUUGCGUGUCACACAAGCAAUUGAUAUGGUUCUAGUAAAAUUUAUUUAUUUUAAGAAUAGCCAUAACUUUGGCUUAUGGAUUCUUUUUUAAAUUAAAUCAAGCAAUUAACUUAAAAUCUGUUCACGUCAUUUGCGGUUUUAAUAGUGCUCAAAAUUUCAAUGCCAUUUUGUGAAAAAUCCUUGUACGUCACACGAGCAAUUGAUAUAAUUCUAGUCAAAUUUAUUUAUUGUGAGUAUAGCGAUAAUAUACCGUUACUACAAAAUAUGUUCAUUUCAUUUGCAUUUUUUUAGUGCCUAGAAUUUCAACGCCAUUUCGUG